CGCCCCGCGCCCCGCGCCCCGCGCCGCCCGCGCUCCAGACCCGCCCGAAUCGCCCCCGGCUGCGAGCGCGGGACCUCGGGCGCGAGGGGACGGGCCGCCCCCGGCUCCGGGAACCGCGUCGCCCCCUCGGGGAGCCGCUGAGGCCGAACGUCCGGGGAAGGAGCAUCCCGCGGACGCCUGCGCCCGAGAGUGUAUUUUCUGUGAGUCCUAAUCAAGCAAUGCAAAUGUGCUGCAAUGGUGACAUAAACUACUGACUGAGAAGUAGCUGAAACGCCAUCUUCUUUUAUUUUUUUAUGGUGCUUCUACUGGAACAGUCUGAGGAAAGUGCAUACAAUAUGAGUUUUCUCUUGAAGCUUCACAGACACUUUCAAAGAACAGUUAUUCUGCUUGCCACAUUUUGUAUGGUGAGCAUUAUUAUUUCUGCUUACUACCUGUACAGUGGCCACAAACAGGAAAAUGAACUGUCUGAGAUGGCUUCAGAAGUGGACUGUGGGGACUUCCAAAACCUACCAUAUAGGCUGGUGGAAGUGAGGACGACGAAGCUUUCUGAUGCCUCAAGGACAGGCCCCACAGUCUUGGUGUUCGUGGAGAGCCAGUACUCAUCUCUUGGUCAAGACAUCAUUAUGACUCUAGAAUCCAGUAGAUUCCAGUAUCACAUUGAAAUUGCUCCUGGUAAAGGAGACCUCCCAGCACUUACAGAAAAAACUAAAGGCAAAUAUAUUCUCAUUAUUUAUGAGAAUAUUUUAAAGUAUGUAAAUAUGGACUCUUGGAAUCGAAGCCUUUUAGAUAAAUACUGUGUAGAAUAUGGUGUGGGUGUCAUUGGAUUCCACAAAUCUACUGAGAAGAACCUGCAGAGCUUUCAGUUGAAAGGUUUCCCUUUUUCCAUCUAUGGAAACCUUGCAGUAAGAGAUUUUUGUAUUAAUCCUCAUUCUCCAUUACUUCAUGUGACCAAACCUUCUAAGCUUGGAAAAGAUUCUUUGCCUGGAACUGAUUGGACAGUUUUCCAGAUAAAUCACUCAGCCUACCAACCAGUAAUAUUUGCCAAAGUAAAGACCCCUGAAAACCUAUCUCCUCCCAUAUCUAAAGGUGCUUUUUAUGCCACUAUCAUACAUGACCUGGGGCUUCAUGAUGGAAUUCAAAGAGUUCUUUUUGGCAACAACCUCAACUUUUGGUUGCAUAAGCUCAUCUUCAUAGACGCGGUUUCCUUCCUGUCAGGGAAGAGACUCAUGUUGUCCUUGGACAGAUACAUCCUUGUGGAUAUUGAUGAUAUUUUUGUGGGAAAGGAGGGAACAAGAAUGAACAUCAAUGAUGUAAAGGUUCACUUAAAGAGAGUGUCCUUCUUUGGAGGACUUCUUUUGAUCACUCAAGUGGUGAUCUAUGUUCUGAGGGGAACUGAGGAGGAAGAUGAAGGGGAUGACCAUCUUUUGGGGUCUGUGGAUGAGUUCUGGUGGUUUCCUCACAUGUGGAGCCACAUGCAGCCCCACCUUUUCCAUAAUGAGUCAUCUUUGGUGGAGCAGAUGAUUCUCAACAAAAAAUUUGCCUUAGAGCAUGGCAUUCCUACCGGCAUGGGCUAUGCUGUAGCCCCUCACCACUCGGGAGUCUACCCUGUACAUGUUCAGCUUUAUGAGGCCUGGAAGAAGGUUUGGAAUAUUAGAAUCACCAGCACUGAAGAAUAUCCACAUCUGAAACCAGCUAGAUACAGGAAGGGCUUCAUCCACAAAAACAUUAUGGUUCUUCCAAGACAAACCUGUGGGCUUUUCACCCACACAAUCUUCUACAAAGAAUAUCCAGGAGGUCCUAAAGAGCUGGACAAGAGUAUUCAAGGAGGUGAACUUUUCUUCACUAUAGUCCUCAACCCAAUCAGCAUUUUCAUGACCCAUUUGUCCAACUAUGGGAAUGACCGACUGGGAUUAUAUACAUUUGUUAACCUGGCCAACUUCAUGCAGAGCUGGACCAAUUUGCGACUUCAGACUCUGCCUCCAAUGCAGCUGGCUUAUAAGUAUUUUGAGCUCUUCCCUGAUCAAAAAGACCCUCUCUGGCAGAAUCCUUGUGAUGACAAACGCCACAGAGACAUUUGGUCUAAAGAAAAAACCUGUGAUCGCUUACCAAAAUUUUUGGUAAUAGGACCCCAGAAAACUGGAACCACUGCUUUGUAUUUGUUCCUGGUUAUGCAUCCUUCCAUCCUUAGUAACUCCCCCAGCCCAAAAACCUUUGAGGAGGUACAGUUCUUUAAUAGAAAUAACUACCACAGGGGGAUUGAUUGGUAUAUGGAUUUCUUCCCAGUCCCAUCUAAUGUCACCACUGACUUUCUGUUUGAGAAGAGUGCCAAUUACUUCCACUCAGAGGAAGCUCCUAGAAGAGUGGCUUCCCUGCUCCCCAAAGCCAAGAUCAUCACCAUUCUCAUUGACCCAUCAGACCGAGCAUAUUCUUGGUACCAGCAUCAGCGAUCACAUGGAGACCCUGCCGCUCUGAAGUUUAGCUUCUACGAAGUGAUCACAGCGGGGCCCCGUGCACCCUCCGAGCUUAGAGCCUUACAGAAGAGAUGUUUGAUCCCAGGGUGGUAUGCCAGCCACAUUGAAAGAUGGCUUGUUUAUUUCCCUCCAUUUCAGUUGCUAAUUAUCAAUGGGCAACAGCUAAGAACUGAUCCUGCUACAGUGAUGGAUGAAGUACAGAAGUUUCUAGGAGUCUCUUCUCAUUACAAUUACUCAGAAGCUUUAACGUUUGAUUCUCAUAAAGGCUUUUGGUGUCAGUUACUGGAAGAAGGUAAAACAAAAUGCCUUGGAAGGAGCAAAGGAAGAAAAUACUCUCCAAUGGAUCCUGAUAGCAGAGCAUUUCUAUCAAGCUACUAUCGAGAUCACAACGUGGAACUCUCAAAGCUGCUGCACAAACUGGGGCAGCCUCUGCCAUCCUGGCUGAGACAAGAGCUGCAGAAAGUGAGAUAGCACAGAGAAAGGACUUCCUGAGUAUCCAGCUUCCAUGUAACAAUCUCCUUUCCCAAAACUUCUGGAAGCUACCAAAAGGCUGUUUAAAAAUAUACCUCUUCAAAUGAGAAAAGAGAAUAGAGUUCCUUUCAUGUGCUGGCAUGUGGAUGAUGAGGACAAAAAUGAAAAAAGAAAAAUAUCUGUUACUAGUCUUGAGGCCUAUGGCCUUUCUCUUACCCAUAUCGGAGCCUGUGGGAUUGUAGACUACUGUGUACUCAUGUGGAAGUCAAUUGCAAUCAAUAUAAAUAUCAAACACAAUGCAGAACUGUUCCAUUUCAUAGUAAUAUUUACACUUUUAUAUAUAUCAACUAAGAUUGUGUCUCUGUAGAUUUUUAGACCACUGUUUGCCUGUACAAUGUUUUCUUAUUUAUUCUACAAAGUGUCCUACGAAACAAGAAGCAAAAUAAACAUCAUAAUGUAGCAUUAAAUGUCAAAGGCAUAGCACCCAUGAAAAAUGUUUGCCAAAAUAUAAAUCCACAGAAGUAUUUAGAAAGAAUUAUAAAUUAUAAUUUGCGCUAGAUCAGAGUGGAAAAGUUACAUAUGAGCUUUCUCCGCAUCAAAUACAAUUAAGUGCUGUAACAAGAAAAAGUGACUUUCCAUAACAUAGUUCAGUGCAUUUAUGUAAAAGUUACUAAUUCUUCUGUAAUCAUUAUGUAAUCGUUAUACUGAAAGAUAUGUUGUAAAGCCAUUGGAUGGUAAAUAGAAAGGCACUGAGGAUGGAAAUACAGUUAACAAUACUGUAAAGUAUACAGACUAAAUCCUGUAAAGGGGAGAAAUUGUAGGGUCUGAAGGUACAUCAUUGAAAACUUAUGUCCCUUUUCUGUGAGCUACAUAUCUACUCUUGUCUUCCUCGUGGAUUUUACAGACACACUUGCAUAGAAUCUGAGGUAAGUGUCAUGUUCAGUAACAGAUUGACAUUUAAAUGUGAACAACUUUUUUUUUUGUUCCCCAGAACAAAAUCUAUUAAAUAAAAACUAAGGACAGUUUCUCUAGAUAUGUUAGGUUAUUUACUUUUAAAUUAUAGAAAACUAUGAGAUAGUUCAAAAUGGAAUUGUAUAAUGUAGAGGUUUACAACAAAAACAAAUUAAUAUAUGAUUCUGAAUCUGACAUUUGCAAUGAUAUUUUUAAUACAAGGCAGAAAAAAAUAAGUAGGGCCAAGUUCCAUUUUUUUUAGAAUAUUUCAUAUAUCACUCUCGUGGAAGACAGCAGAACAUAGUCACAUUUAUGGCUUAUCUACUAAUUAAAUAAAGGAAGUACAAAGAUGAGCCAGGGAUGGUUCUCAAAAUAUAUUUACAGUUAUAUUUUUAACUGAUUACAUGAUUAGUAAAGUAUUAAAAAAAUGAAGCUAUACUUAUUUCCUGUGCUUAUAUUUACUUAAUUUUUAAAUGUCCUGUAGACAUAAAACUUUAAGUAAUAAAUAAAUUCCCUGCUAUGAUUACAUAAGUAAGCCUUUAUAAAGUGUUUUCAAAAGUGUGAUUAGAUAAAAAAGAUAUACAAGAAAAAUCUAUAGCCCAAAUAUUUUCAUUGUCACUAUAAUGUGUGUAAACUAACUCUGUCAUUCAGUAAUUUGAAAACAAAUUUUGAGAUCUGUCCAUUUACUAUAAAGUUUUAAAAUGACAUUAUAAUUAUAAUGUUUUUAAGUUUUAUAUACCCAAAUGAUAUACUAAUUUUUAAACCAGCUAUUAUCAGAAAGAAUUGGAGAAAAAACAGUCCCUUGGACAACAUGGCAAAUUCAGUCUCCAUGCUUACUGCUGCCUGUUUUGAAACAGCACAUGUACAACACGCUAGGAAAAUGAAGAUAGUCUUUCCACUAAUUUAAGAAAACUGGCAUAUAGGGUCAAACGUAGUGAGAAUGGACCCUAGUAGCUACAUACAGUAUCAUGUUUUAUUUUGACAACAUUUCUGAUAAAAAAAAAAAACAAAGAAAAACUGAUACACUUAUGUUUUAAUGAUGAGAUGUAUAUUUAAAAUUCUAAACAAUGCUGUUAAUGGCAUAAUUUUGUCUAGGUAAGCUGAGUCAGCUGAACAACUCAGACCUUAAGAUUAUGUUGAAAACAUACUGCAUCCUUGUCUAAUGAAAGGAUAUGAUACCAAAAUUUACUCAUUCACAGUACAGCUAUUAUGCCACCUAUAGCUGCAAACCUUUGAAAGGAUUUUGACCACUCAGUGUACCUUGGAGACAACAUCAAAUUCUAGAGGACAUGAAUGCUUUUUAUAUUUACACUCCAGCAGGUUAUUAUGCUAUUCUGAAAGUAACAUAAAUACACAUGAGAAAAGACUGAGUGAGAAUGUGAUUAAAACUAGCUUUGUGUAGAAUUCCUUUUUCAUUACUUAAAAUAUGAAACUUCCUCAGGAAGAAAUGAAAUGGUUAUUUCAAUGUUUAUAAGCUAUAAUAUUCUUGUCAUUCACAUUGAAUGAAAAUUACUGGAAACAUUUUUUUCUCUGAUUUUUUUAAAAUAAAAAUCCUGGAUAUAAUUCUGAUAGUAGCAUGGUACCUCAAAUGAACAACAAUAA